AUGAAAGGAAGAAUCCCCGUACUUACCCACAACGCCCUGCUUAGAGUAACGAACUUCUGUUGUGCGCGGGAGCGAAGGUGUCCAUUCGGCUUUUUCGAAAAGGAGAGAAGCAUCACAACGAAUAUCUCCAGCAACAAAGAAGUUAAAAUAAAACAUGUAGGAGAAGCCAAAUUAAAAAGUUUAAAAAAAAACAAAACCGUUGGGAAGGAUGACACUAACGAAGAUGUGUAUAUACUGAAUGGGAAAAUAUUAUAUGCACAAAAGAGUAAGAAAGAAAAAAAUGAUUUAAAAAUAAAAUAUGGUUUGAAGAGAGCAAAGUAUCUGGACACGACGAGAAAUUUAUUUUAUUCCAAGUUGAGUGACAGUUUGGGCGAAAGUAACUCGAUGGAGCUUCCAACACAGGAGGUUACGUUUAGAGAUUUGGAGGGCGUAGCGGCAAAAUUUGCCAGUGAUCAUAGGGGAAGUGUAACACAAGGUGAAUGCUAUGAUCCAUGCACAGCUAUGAACAACGGGGAGAAAGUUGCAGAUAUUCAGACCACCGUAGCAGAGACAAUUGGGGCUACUUCCAUCAGGGGGGAUAUUACGAAUGGUGUUCUUCACGCAGGGGAAACGAUAUCAAGUGAUUCCCCUGUAGACAUGCGGAAUGGGGAACCGGAGAGAAGUUCGAAUUUACAAAAUGGUAAAGACACUCAUUUUAGUGCCCCCCCUAAUGGGGAACAUGAAAGUAAAAUACUGACAAGCGAUAAUGUAAAGCAACCCUCCGUGGAAGAAGAGGAGAAACAUAAAAAUAAAGAUACGAAUGAAGCUUGUAGUGAAUCGAGCCACUAUGCAAGUACCCCCAAACAUAAUAAUGAUAAGGAAACUUUUGCAGGUAAUACCAGCAAAGGAGGGAUGAACACACCCCCAGAAGGUGUUGGAUCGCAAAGUGGCGAAUCACAAACUGUAUCUCCUCCAAACGACAAACCUCCAAAACGCGACAUUUACGAAAUUUUGCAAGAAAUUUCCCAUGAACCGAGCAGGCAUGAAAUGAAAGCCUUCCUAAACUCCCUGCUCAUGCAUAAAAAUAAAAAGUGCACAUCUUUCCUGGGGAAUUACAUAAGCCUAUACUUUUGCAAUAUACUUAGCGAAGACUUGAAGGACCUAAAAAAUUCCUAUUUUGAUGGAGUAUCCCUUUGUGUUAACAGUUUUUUCAGUAUGCUCAAAGAGUUGGAUGAAGAACAGCUGUCCAAAAUGACAAAUAUUUAUUUGAAGGAUUAUUUUUUAAAAAUUUUUCAAAUUUUAAAAUCGCAUAAUUUGAGUUUGCAUUUUGAAAAUUUAAAAAUAGAGAACAUGAGAUUGCUCUACAUAUACAACAUAUUAGGGUUAACUAGGAAGGAGGGAAAAAGAACAAAAAAAGAAAAUAUAAAAAAAUUCCUUUAUCAGUAUAUUUGUGUGCAAAAUGAAGAUUUAGCUGUCAUGAGAAAUAGCAAUAAAAUGAAGUUCCUCUCAAAUAUAAUUAAAAAUGGAGUUACCACACGCAUGCACAUGUUGGUUAUUCUAUCAUAUGACCUGUGUGCCUACGAUACGACUUCUUCCAACUGUCUUUCCAAAACCCAAUUUAAAAAUGUGCACUUGGAAGUUAUCCUCGAGAAUCAGCUGGAAAAUCCUUUCUUCUCUUUGCAAUCCCCAGAUUCGAUAGACCUCAAAUCGUCUGGAUGGUCUCUCGUUGACGUGAACCAAAUUUUGAACGGCAAUUUGCCAUAUGAGUGA